AUGUCCCGACAAACUAGCACUGCCAUAUCUCCCUCUGCCUCUCUCUGUCAUUGUGUCUGUCACUUUCACUCUCUUUCUCUUUCUCUCCCCCCCCUCUACGAUUCUCUUGCUUAUUCCCUAUCUUUGUCUCUCUGUCUGUCUCUCUCCACUUUCUGGCAUUCUGCCUCUCUUUGUCUCUACUUUCUGGUAUUCUGUUUACCUCUCCCCACCCUCUCUCUACAUUCUGUUCUGUCAUUCCCUCUCUCCCUCUCGCAACUUUCUAAUACACACACACACACACUCUCUCUCUCUCUCUCUCUCUCUCUCUCUCACUGUAUUCUGUCCCUCAAUGUUUCUCUCUUUCUCUCCGUUCUGGUACUCUGUGUGUGUGUGUCUCCCCUCCGUUUUGGUUUUGUGUGUGUCUGUCUCUCUCACUCUCUCUUCUGGCAAUCUAUCACUCUCCUCAAACAUUUUCUCUCUAUCUUCCUGGCAUUUUCUCCAUUUCUUUCACUCUCAUCUCCUCUUCUCUCUCUCUCUCUCUCUCUCUUCUGUUACUCCCUGUCUUUCUUAGCUCCUCUUCUCUCUCUCUCUCUCUCUCUUCUAUUUAAGCCCUGUCUUUUAGCUCCUCUUCUCUCUCUCUCUUCUGUUAACUCCCCUGUCUUUCCUAGCUCUCUUCUCUCUCUCUCUCUCUCUCUUCUCUCCUCUUCUCUCUCUCUCUCUCUCUUCUUUAAAUCCCUGUCUUUCUUAGCUCUCUUCUCUCUCUCUCUCUCUCUCUCUCUCUCUUCUGUUCUCCCUGUCUUUCUUAAAAAAAAAACUCCCUGUCUUUUUUUAGCUCCUCUUCUCUCUCUCUCUCUUCUGUUACUCCCUGUCUUUCUUAGCUCCUCUUCUCUCUCUCUCUCUCUCUCUCCGCUACAUUUUGCACGGACUGCUGGGAGAUCUCCCUCUCUGUUUUCCCCCUCCUUCUUUUCUCUUUCAUUCUCGCCCCACCACCAUUCUUCUUUCUUAUAUUCUCCCCCCUAUUCUUCUCUUUUCAUUCUCGCCACUGUUCUCCUCUCUUUCAUUCACCCCCCCCGAGUUCUUUUUUCUCUUUCAUUCAUUCCCCCCCUGAGUUCUUUUCUCUUUCAUUCACUCCCCCCUGAGUUCUUUUCUCUUUCAUUCACUCCCCCACGUUCUUUUCUCUUUCAUUCACUCCCCCACGUUCUUUUCUCUUUCAUUCACUCCCCUCCACGUUCUUUUCUCUUUCAUUCUCUCCUCCCACCAUUCUUCUCUCUUUCAUUCUUGCCCCCGUUCUUCCCGCUCUCUCCCUCUCAUUUUUAA